GCAGAGAGGGGCGGGGCCGACCCUCCCCGGAGCUCUGAGAGCUUCAGUCACUGCUCGCAGGGAUGGAAAUGUUAGACGAGCAGCAGCAUGCUCUCACUUACUGACAGCUAGAGGAAAAGCAACCAUGAAGAAACAACUUGGAGAUCUUCAGAAAUGCGCCAUGCCAGUAGCGGGGUGUUGGUAGUGAGGUUGUCCCGCGAUGAGCCGACGACCACCGGCCCAGGACCGGUGUGGAGCCGUGAGGGCAGCCUGGAUCCUGACUGUAGCCGCCCUCAUCACCGCUCAGACCGCCGGAGGAUCACCGCUGGUCCCAGACCCUGGGGUUUUUCUGGAAAAGUACGGCUACCUCCAUCAGGACAACCACAUCCACAAUGCUGCUGAGAUGCGUUCAGCUCUCCGUGAGUUCCAGUGGUUGUCCAGGCUUCCUGUCACGGGCGAGCUGGACAGCGGGACCCUGAGGCAGAUGGCGGAGCCUCGCUGUGGGGUGUCAGAUGAGGGCAGCCAGCAGAUCUGGGCUCGGAGAGUAAACGCCAUCUUCACUGGGAAGAGCGAUGCUCUCAGACGACCACAGCGCCGCAGGAGGCGCUCUGAUGCCCAAGUUGAGAAGUGGUACAAACGUCAUCUGACCUACCAGAUAGUGAACAGGCCUCGCCUCCUGUCCCUGGGCUCCGUGCGGCUGGCGGUGCGCUCUGCCUUCCAGCUGUGGAGCAACGUGUCGGGCCUGGUGUUCCAGGAGGUCCCUGAAGGCCCCGCAGACAUCCGGCUGGCAUUUUACGAGGGAGACCACAACGACGGGACCAGCAACGCCUUCGACGGACCAGGAGGAACUCUGGCGCACGCCUUCCUGCCCCGCCGGGGGGAAGCCCACUUCGAUAUGGCAGAGCGGUGGACGCUGAACGGACACAAGGGACACAACCUGUUCAUGGUGACAGCCCACGAGAUCGGACACACUCUGGGCCUGGAGCACUCCCCCGUCCAACACGCCCUGAUGUCGCCGUACUACAGGAAGCUGGGCCGCAGCCUGGUGCUGAGCUGGGACGACAUCAUCGCCGUGCAGCAGCUGUACGGUAAGCCAUCAGGUGAUCGCCCUGUGAGGCUGCCAGGCCAAGUGCUGCACGCCGCUCUGCAGGAGUGGGAGUCCACGGAGCUCCACAGUGGGCAUCACACCACAGGACAGCCUCUCUACUGCCAGGGUGUCUUUGAUGCCAUCACUAUGGACCAGAAUGACACGGUGCUGGUGUUUCGGGGCAGUGUGUACUGGACGGUGUUGGCUGGUGGGGAUGUGAGCGGCCCACUGACUCUCCGUCAGCGCUGGCCUGACCUCCCUCCGGCUAUCGAGGCUGCUGCCUUCUCUCCACUGGACUCGAAGUGGUAUUUCUUCAAAGGGAAGCGGAUGUGGCGCUUCACAGACAGCAUGCUGGACCCCGGCUUCCCCAGGAAGAGCAGUGAGUUGGGGCUGCCUCGCCACCCUGACUGUGCCUUCUUCUACGCUCCUCUGGGGCACAUGGUCCUCUUUAAAGGCUCCCGCUACUCUGUGCUCAAUCUUAAAACCCUGCACCAAGAGCCCUACUACCCCCGCAGGCUGACAGACUGGACUGGUGUGCCACAGGGGACCAAUGGGGCGCUGACCCGCCCUGACGGACGUCUCUACCUGUUCAGAGAACAGCGGUUCUGGAGGUUUGAUCCGGUCAAGGUGAGAGUCACCAAAGAGGGCCAGUGGGCCAAGGAUCUGAGCUGGACUGGUUGCAGCAACGCUCCUCAGAACAAUAACAUCCUUUGACCAGCAGAGGGAGUUGUUGGCUUUAGAUAAAGUGCAAUUUGUUGAUGUUAUCAUAAUGUAAAGGUGCUGUAGCUUUUGUUUUUUAGCAUAACCUACAUUAAGUUUAUAUAUAUUGCCAAAGGAGCCAAGCUCAACAAACUCAUGCCAUGAAGGGAUUCAAGAAAACUAAACCCACUUUGUUUAUACAUUCUGAAGCACACAUAUUAUUUAUACUGCAGAGCAAGGGAUAUUAAUGCUCAUGGAUGUGUAAUUAUAGCCUCGUUAUUACAGUUUAGAUAAUGAGUGGACUGUGCACUCUUACGUCAGCAGGCAGGUUGGAACUAUGCUUUUAAAACCAUCAGAUCAGAUUUCUCUUUUACAGGUGCAUCUCAAUAAAUUAGAAUAUCAUAGAAAGUUUAUUUAUGUCAGUAAUUCAAUUCAAAAAGUGGAAAUAACACAUUAUAUAGAUCCAUUACACACAGGAUGAAACAUUUCAUGUCUUAAUUUUUUUUUGUGUUUGUGUUUUUUUGUGUGGCUUACAUUUAAUGAAGGCCUAAAAUUCAGUGUCUCAAAAAAUUUGAAUAUUACAAACUUUUAAAAAGUAUGUUUAAUAUGGAAAUGUUGGCCUCUGAGAAGUAUGUCCAUCUAUAUGACUCAAUCUUGGUUGGGGCUA